GCGGCCAAUGUCAACAAGAUAUUCCGAACAAGAAGUACAUGGUCACUUAAGUUGGCUCUACUGAAAUGUUAAUUCUUAUUGGGUCUUCCUCACUUCUACUCUGCUUUCACUGGAAACAGUACCCAAAUUCGAUCCUGCACCGAAGUAGAACCGGACUUAUGACUACGGUGGAAACCAAGCCAAUGUUAACGGUACAGAGGUCGCCAGUAACGUAUCCUCAGGAGUAAUCAGCUGAUCGACCGGUCGACAAAUUUUAGGAAUCCAACAUGCGAUACAAUUUAAAACAAACUUAUGGAUUAAAAGUCUUUUAAAUAUCAUUAAUUUUGAUUUAUUAUACAUCACGAGCAAUGGCACUAACUCUAACCAAACAGAUUACAAUACUUGGACAACGUUCACUUUUAAGUAAUAGUUUGUAUGCAAGAUUUUCCAAAUUGUUCGAACCGGAUUAUUUGGAGACAGGAAAAUCGAAAUUCCCGUUACUUCCUGUGUUAAAUAUACAACUUAAAGGCUAUGAUUAUCCAAUACUUGAGAAUUAUCAAAAAAUUAUAUACAAAUUGUCCGAAGCCAUGCAGAUUGAUAUUGACAACAGCUGGGCAUAUCCACCUCAGGAACUCAAAAUACAAAGAUAUAAACCUAAAACAUCAAUAAUUGUGGCUCAGUACAAUCUUAAACUUUAUGAAAGAAAUAUACAAUUAUCAGAGGUAUCAGCUAUUAAAGGUUCAAUAUUAAUCAGAAUAUUGGAAGCAUCCCUACCACAUGGUGUUAUGUUAACUGUAGAUUCUUUCAAUCCUGAAAUAGAAAAAAAACGAUAUGUACCAGACAAGGAAUUGCUUGACCUGAAGUCUGAAUUGGAUACAUUAAAAAAAUAGUUCAAAUAUAUAUUGUUACAAUAGAAAUAUGGAAGAUAAUUAUAAAGACCUUACCUAUAUCUCAUGUACAUUAAAAACAUUGAUAAUUUUUUAAACGAAUUACGAAUGUACAAACUUUGAAAUAGAAUACAAUAGAAUUAAUUACUAGAAAGAAAUUCAUUUCUUUUUUUAUUAAUUUUGCAGAGAGAUUAUAAAAUAUGUGCAUAGAGGAGUUACAAAAAUAUUCGUACAAAUUAUUUUAUGAUGCAGUCUUAUUAUAUCUCUUGACAUCUUGGUGUUAUAACAGACCAAAAUGCACGACUUUGAUCUUUGUACUGUCGUCAGAUUUGGGAGUCUCCCUCACUUUCUCAUCCGUGUCGUCCUCUAUAAAAUAUUAAGUUUUAGAAUAGUAAUCAGUCAUGUAAAUCGUAAUACUCCCAUAUGACACAAUGAUUUGAUAUAUUAUAAACAUCAAUUGAGCACUCACUAGACAAUGAUGAGAGAUUUUUUGAGUAAUCCUCAUUACUCAGACCCAGUGGAAGACUCUCAGCUAAUUCACGUUUAUGAUCUGUCAAGUGCACUUGCGGUGGUCGUUUUUGUCUGUGUACUUGACCCUGUAAAAAUGUGUA